AUGGUGUCCACUAACACCAGCGAAACUAUCCUUCUAGCAGGAUACCUCACGCCGCAUGCAGACAAACGUGCGAGGUCCGUCGAAUUAUGGCGUGCGAUAGCAGACGAUAUCCGCUCGACGGAGAAGGGCAAAAUCUCCAUGGAGUUGUAUGAAGACCAGGGACGGGAAAAGUGGCAAGAGGGAUUUAUCGUUUUGGAAGAAUUCGCAACCCAAGCCAUCAAAGACGCCUUCAACGCCAAACCCUCCCACGUUGCCGUCUCGACUCAAGUCCGCGAAGAAGGACUCAUCAGCGAUUUCAAGAUUGGGUAUUAUAAGCAUGUGUUUGGGGUGGGAAAGACGAUUGGUGGGCAUGAGAGGGAGGAGAAAGUUCUAAUGGCGGUGUUCGUGACUGUGAAUGAGGGGAAGACCGGGGAGGUUCUCGACUUGUGGAAGGACAUCGCGGAGGAUGUGAAGAGGACGGAGGGGGGUGAGGUGGCGAUGGAGUUGUAUUCUAUGCAUGAGGAAGUUGGAGGGGGAGGGGAGGAGAAGGGGGAGAAGUUCUUUUUGGUUUAUGAGUUUGUCAAUGAGGAGGCGAGAGAGACGUUUGGGAAGAAGCCGAGCCAUGUUGAGGCGAUUGCUAAGGAGAGGGAGGGGGAGAUGCUUAAGAAUGUUGAUUUCAAGGUCUGUAAGCGUGUUCUGGGGAGUGGUAGUGGUAUCAAGGCGGCGUGA